AUGUCGUAUCUCAGAGUAGCCAGCCGCCAAUUGGCUUCGUCGCGGCAACCCUUUGUUCGGGCCGGUACCGGUGCCAUUGCUCAGAGGUCGUGGAACAGAGGAUACGCUUCCGAAGUAAAGAUCGGUGGCUUCGAGGGCCAGAAACAGGGAAAUGGAAACUACUUGGUCUCUUUGAUCGAGGGUGACGGUAUUGGACCAGAGAUCUCGCAGAGUGUGAAGGAUAUCUACAGUGCUGCUAAUGUUCCAAUCGACUGGGAGCCAAUCGAUGUCACACCUGUUCUCGUCGACGGCAAGACAGCCAUCCCCCAACCUGCCAUCGACUCGAUAAAACGUAACCUUGUCGCUCUCAAGGGACCCCUCGCCACCCCCAUCGGCAAGGGUCACGUUUCACUCAAUCUCACUCUCCGUCGUACAUUCAACCUCUUCGCCAAUGUUCGUCCUUGCAAGUCCAUUGUCGGAUACAAGACUCCCUACGACGGCGUAGAUACCGUUCUCAUCCGUGAAAACACCGAGGGCGAGUACUCUGGAAUUGAGCAUCACGUUGUCGACGGUGUUGUCCAGAGUAUCAAGUUGAUUACUCGGGAAGCCAGCGAGAGAGUUUUGAAGUACGCCUUCCAGUAUGCGAACGCUGUUGGCAAGCAGAAGGUUAGAGUUGUGCACAAGGCCACCAUCAUGAAGCAGAGCGACGGUUUGUUCUUGGAGAUCGGAAAGGAGCUUUCAAAGGAGUACCCUGAGAUCCAGUUCGAUUACGAGCUUUUGGACAAUACUUGCUUGAAUAUGGUUACCGACCCAACACCAUAUAACGAUAAGGUUCUAGUCAUGCCAAAUCUCUACGGUGACAUUCUCUCCGACAUGUGCGCCGGUCUCAUUGGUGGUCUCGGUCUCACUCCCUCCGGCAACAUCGGUGACAAGUGCUCCAUCUUCGAGGCCGUCCACGGAUCCGCCCCAGAUAUCGCCGGCAAGGCUCUCGCCAACCCAACUGCCCUGUUGUUCUCUUCGAUCAUGAUGUUGCAACACAUGGGACUAAAUGAGCACGCUACCAAGAUCCAGAAGGCCAUCUUCGAUACCCUUGCUGAGGGUAAGUACUUGACUGGAGAUCUUGGUGGAUCGGCAAAGACACACGAGUAUGCUCAGGCUAUCAUUGACAAGCUGUAA